UUAGCUUGUCGUGAAGCAGAAAGCCGGCUAAGCUAACAGGUUACUGACAUCUGUUUACUUUAAAUAUUAUCAGAUAUAAUAACAAUAAUGUCCUUUAAGAGGGAAGGCGAUGACAAGAGCCAGCUGAACAUCCUGAAGAAACGUCGCGUGGCUGACCUGCUGUCUAACUUUAUUCCGGAGGAUGAAGCAGCUCUGAUGAAAAACGGAAGGUACACUUGCCUGGUGUGUUCCUACCGGCCCGUGUUUGACACGGUUGACACGCUGACCGUCCACCGGAACGGGAAGAGACACCUGGAAGGAUUGAAAUCGUUCUAUGGCAAGAAAGCACGGCUGAAGAAUGAGAAAACGAAACGGCAACAUGAGCAGUACGUCCAGAGAGAAGAGACAGGACAGGAAGCCUCCUGUUCAGCUCCAUUACUAGAACAAACACGAUGGGUCACACAUCAUGCUCUGUUGAAGACCGCACCGUACAACAGCUGCCACACAAAAACCAGUACAAAAUCUGAAAAGGGACCACCGAGGAUCGUCUCAGAUCACAACAGCAACUCUUCCAUCGAAACAGCAGCCGAGCAAGAAAAAGCUGCACGGAAACCUGAAGUGACAAACAGUUUAUCACAAAAUACUACAAGUAGCUGCACAUCAGGUAAAGGAGGAUAA